UUUUCUCGGGUUCGAAAUAUCCUACAUCAAAUUUGUAUUUUCCAAAGGUUUGUGCAAUUCAAUUUCUCCUAAAUAAGGAGAUGAACAGUACUGAUCCUUUCAUGAGAAGGAUGGCCAGUCAAAUGAUGGUGAAGUUUGAUAAGUAUUGGUCGGAGCAUUCUGUGAUCUUGGCAAUUGCGGUUAUAUUUGAUCCUCGUUUUAAGUUUCAGUUGGUGGAAUAUUCUUAUGGAAAGCUUUAUGGUGAGUCAUCUAGUGAGGUAUUCACACAGUGUACACGAAUCCGGGAAAAGCUUUUUGGUCUCUUUAACGAGUACCAAUCUAAAGCCUCCUACAAACCGGAAGUUGUUCAAGGAAACAUUGUUCAAGAAAUCCAGGGCGAAUUCAUUGAGGAUUUUGAUGCAUUUGAGAGCCAUUCAUUUGUUUCUAGUGCACAAAAAAAUCAGCUAGAAUUAUAUUUGGAUGAGCCUAGGCUUCCAAGAAAUGAAAAUAUUGAUGUACUUGAAUAUUGGAGAGCCCACAAUUAUAGGUAUCCGGAACUUGCAUCGAUGGCUCGCGAUGUGUUGAGUAUUCCUAUUUCUACGGUUGCUUCCGAAUCUGCAUUUAGUGUUGGUGGUCGAGUUCUUGACAAAUAUCGGAGUUCUUUAAAGCCUAAAAUUGUUGAGGCUUUGAUAUGCUCUAGGGAUUGGUUGUUUGGAGGGGAAGGUAAAUAUAUUGUUAUCCUUUGUUAUGCAUUUUUUAGAGAAUAAACUUGAGACUAACAUGACUUAUUGUUGUCAUUUCGAAAUCGACAACGUGAAGUUGGAUGAUGUCAUUGAAGACAUAAUGAACUUGAAUCUAGACAACGAUCUGUCCGAAUCAGUGGGAUGUUCUAGUUCUGUGAUCAAUGUUGAACCUUGAUUAAAACAUUGCAGGGAUAUGGUAGGGCUCUGUGGUUGAGGCAAGGACAAAUGGGGAGUGUGGUUUU